AUGGGACUGCAGGAAGUGCGCAAUGGGCUCCGAGAGUCGCUUGCGGACUUGGCGGAUCUCAAGCGAGAGGAAGACGCACAAGCGAAGGCGGCCCUGUCGGAGCGCAAGACAGCGCUAGCCCGACUAGAUGGCCUUUGCACAAAAAGAAUUGAAAUAUGCGACGAGCUCAAGGUUCUGGAGAACGAUGACGAGGAGCCUCUGGGCCAAGAACUGCGGAAACUCGGGUCAGAGCAUGAUUCCCUCAACGACGAGAUUCGGCAGCUGGAGGAGAUGCUUGCGGGGAUGCAAAACCGGCGCCGGCGGCUUAAAGAGAGGAUGAACGACGUCAAGAGCAAACGGGAAGCUGGGCUCAGCGGGUACCGUGGCGCUCUCAAGGAUGUAGAUGCCGAGGUCAAUACUCUCUUGCGCCGUCCUCCUGUUCACCCGCUAGGCCCGGAGAUGCUCGACCGUGGCAAGGACGAAGGCGAGGAGGCGAGGUCAACCGGAGGAUUGGACUUCAUGCGACUUAUCCCGCAGCGGCGCACUAUCGAAAUGGCAAGAGCAUGGUGGGAAGCCGAGGUCGAGAUUCUGGAGCAGCAACGAGCUCAUAUCGGCGAAGAGCAACAGGCUCUGGAGCAAGGCAGCAUCGUCUGGCAAGAAGUCGUCGCCCUGGUAACCCACUUCGAGUCGAGGCUACGAGAGAUUAUGAAGGCUGGGACGAGCAAAUCGACUCGGUCCUUCUUGGCCUUGGACGGGAAGAAGGUAUCCCGGGAUGAUCUGAUACGAAGCCAGCUUCCCAUAAUGGAUGAGGUUGUAGCAGGGCUGGCACAGCGUAUGCAAGUGGCCGAGAGCAAGCGCUGGAACCUGCUCAUUUGCGCCAUUGGGGCUGAGUGGGAGACGUUCAAAGAGGCCCAUGACGUUCUCAAAGGCAUCGUCGACGGCGCCAAUGGUGGAGUCGUUGGGAAUGCCGCCGGCGAUCGUCCCGGGAUGUCGCCUGCCGCUGAUGAGUUCGGGGACGACGACCCGGUGAAUCGUGAAGAGCCGGGCCGGGGCGACGUCCUUGCAGAGAGCGACAAUGAAGUCCCGGCAGAUCUCUUCGUCUCGCGCCUAGACGAUGCAGAGCGCGUACCAGUCAAGAGUCAGUUGGACUAUGCCGACGUCCGGGGCAGAAGGGACAGCGAGAACGAUGUGCCCCCGGAGUUUCUAGCUGAGCACGACCACGGCAAGGACCUCCCAGUCGCGCCACCAUGA